CUUCCUUCCUGUUCUAACUGCCAGAGCCGAGAAGGAGGAGCCGCCGGAAAGCAGAGGCCCAGAGGCGCCCGCUGCCAACCGUCGUCGUCUCCCCCCGCGACGGGCGAGAGAACCCACCGUGACCAUGACGGAGAAAAGCCCGGAGCCCCGCCUGGAGGAGGAGGAGGAGGAGGACCAGCUGGACGGCAAGCUCAACUACAAGCCGCCCCCUCAGAAGUCCCUGAAAGAGCUGCAGGAGAUGGACAAGGACGACGAAAGCCUCGCCAAGUACAAGAAGACCCUGCUGGGGGAUGGACCCGUCGUGGCAGACCCCAACGCCCCCAACGUGACGGUGACCCGGCUCACCCUGGUGUGCGAGACGGCCCCGGGACCCAUCACCAUGGACCUGACCGGGGACCUGGAAGCCCUUAAGAAGGAGACCUUCGUUCUCAAGGAGGGCGUGGAAUACCGAGUCAAAAUCCAUUUCAAAGUCAACAAGGACAUUGUGUCCGGCCUUAAGUACGUGCAGCACACCUACCGGACGGGGGUGAAAGUGGACAAAGCGACGUUCAUGGUGGGCAGCUACGGCCCUCGGCCCCAAGAGUACGAGUUUCUGACCCCUCCGGAGGAGGCCCCGAAGGGCAUGCUGGCUCGGGGCACCUAUCACAACAAGUCCUUCUUCACCGACGACGACAAGCACGACCACCUCACCUGGGAGUGGACCCUGUCCAUCAAGAAGGAGUGGACCGAGUGAGCCUCCCGGCCGCCCCCUCCCAGACCCUCCCGCCUCCCGUCGGGUGGGGGACCCGGCCGGCCCCCCGCCCGCCCAGCUCUGCUGCCCCUCCUCCUCCUCUGGACCUCGGCCCAGCCCCUCUUCCCGAUGCCCCCGGCCCUGUCGACCCCCGACUCGCCCUCUGGCCCAGCUCAAAGCCCUCCUCGUGCACAUUGCCAAGAGUCCCGGGACUCCCCAGGUACCCACCGAGACUCGCCCCUUGCUCUGCCCCCUGUCCGGAGCGGAUCUCUGACCGCUCCUCAACGUCGGCCUCCCCGGCCUGAGGUCACCCCUCCCUCAGCCCCCUCCCCUACACUGCCCUUCCUCCUGCCCCACAGCGAGCAGGCCUCGGAGAAGACUCAGAUCGGCCCCCCUCCAACCCAUUCCCGAAUCCCCUGGCAGCCGAGCCCUCCCGGGACCCUCCUCGUGUGCCCAAGGCCAAGAACCCUUAGUGGAAUAAACACCGUUGCCUCA